AUGGGCGAUCACAGUGCGUCUGUGAGCCCGUCCACCUCCAGCUUCAACUACAGUCUUCAAGGGCUGCCCUACAGCGAAACCCGAGCAUCCAAACCUCCCAUCCCGGUCACGCGCUCAAUCUCCUCGUUACAUCGAACCGCAGACUUGGGUCCAGACAGGGCGCAACAUUCUCCGCUGACAGGGGAUUUCGCGUCCAUCUCCUCCAAUAAGAGGUACAACCCCAACGCGUCGCCGCAAGAUGGAGACGGCCCUCGUACUCAACUUACAGGCUCAAUCUCCGCGAGAGAAAGUCAGACUAGUACCACUCUGAGCCUCGCUACCAGAACUCCUACGAUAUCCAGCCUGACCUCGGCCACGCUCAGCAUUCCUCAGAUCCGCGUCAACGAGACUGCCUUCCGAGAGUCGCUUGCCGACCGCAGCAGCAACAUCAGCACAUCGGAGAGUGGGAGAUGGUUAUCACUGGGACCUUCCCGGUCGAGUUCAGCUACAUCGUUCAAAGAGACAGGCAGAGACACACAAGAGACGUCACCGGGAAUCAAUGGUCUAUCCUUGGAUUUCAGUCUUCCUACAACUGGAUUCGGCGAAGAACUGCUUCCGGAAACUAGCAUAGAAUUCUCCAAGAGAGGGAGCAUGCUCAUUGAUGGGAGGAGAGUCAACCAGUCCAACCGCAAAAGCUCACCGAACCUUGCCCCGAUCAUAGACGAAGAAAAAAGGAUGAAUGGAGAGCCCGAUAUCCCAGAGGCCGCCGCUGCUGGCAACGGGCAAUCUGCGCCUUCAGCUGUGGCGAGGACUCCCCAUGCCCGUCCGCCGGCCAAGAUCCUCUCCGCUGACGAAGAACUGUUAUCUGAAAAGGUCCGCGCAUUCUACGCCGCAGGAACAGACGGUCAAUAUGACACGGACUCCAACGUAAAUCUGGCCGCGCAAAUGGGAGCUCGGUGGCAAUCCACGCUGGUGACAGAUACCUGCAGUGUCAGCAACCCGUCGCUUUCACGCGCUACUUCCACAACCGAUAUCUACGAGGACGCCAAAAACCCGCGGCAACCAAGCAUGGCAACCUCGGCCCCUCAUUCAUAUACGACUCUCGAGCGCGAGGAGAACGAACUUGCCGGUGGGUUGGAAGACUGGAAGGAUGUCGAUAAUGCAGAUGUGGACCGCUACGGCUUUAUUAUCGCCAAAGCGCCGACCACGACUGUUGACGGUGCCGACGAAUCCAAGGGCCAACGGCUCACCCGGGUAUCAACGAGCUUACAGCUAGCCAGUGAGACACCUCGAAGGAAAAACACUCUUCGCCGCACUCCCAGUAGUGCCCACGGAUCUUUGCGGUCAUUGCAGAGCAAACAUGCUAGUCCCGAAAACACCCCACCUCGUCCGGUGAGCUCUCAAAGUGCCUAUGCUCGACCACAGCGUCGAAAUGCCUCCACCAGGAUCCCGAUACCGGGGUCGAGAAACCGCCGCCUGAUGGACUCAGCAAUGGAUAUGCUUACGCUCCCAGACUCUGCACAAUCAGUUGUAGAGAACGGCCACGUCCGAAUCGACAAUGCGCGAGCGCGGAGGAAAGAGCUCGAGCGUGAGGCAAAAUGGCGGCGAAUGGCAAAGGCCAAAACGCCCGCGAAGGAUCCCAAAACUGGGCUACCCCUGGUGGGCGCCGGUUCCGCAAGCGAAUAUACUUUUGACACAACAAACCCCAAACUCGUCGAGCGAACAUGGAAAGGCAUCCCCGACAAGUGGCGUGCAACAGCGUGGCACAGUUUUCUCAGUGCAUCGGCAUCAAAGCGGAAAAAUUGCGUUAGUGAUGCCGACUUGACCUCGCUAUUCCAUUCCUAUCAGAGUGAAGCAAGCCCGGAUGAUGUGCAGAUCGAUCUGGACGUGCCACGGACGAUAUCGUCCCAUAUCAUGUUCAGGAGACGGUAUAGGGGUGGGCAGCGUCUGCUGUUCCGCGUUCUGCACGCCAUGUCGCUGCAUGUUCCUUCGACCGGAUAUGUUCAGGGUAUGGCUGCUCUCGCGGUGACGUUGUUAGCAUACUACGACGAAGAAAAAGCCUUUGUAAUGCUUGUGCGGAUGUGGGAGCUGCGCGGCCUUGGAGAACUCUACAAGUCCGGCUUUGGCGGGCUGAUGGCUGCCUUGGAUGAUUUUGAAAAGGGAUGGUUGGGCCAAGGUGAAGUGGCGAGGAAGUUGGAAUCGCUGAACAUCGGGCCCACGGCGUACGGGACGAGGUGGUAUCUCACUUUGUUCAACUAUGCCAUUCCCUUCCCGGCGCAGUUGAGGGUUUGGGAUGUAUUCAUGCUGCUGGGCGACGACAUGACGGUACCAGUUUCAUCCACUGGUCCUCCUCCAAGCCGUGGUGGUGGUACGUCGUCGUCGAAAGACAAACCCCCACCCGACGCCGAAGAGGUGGUCCCCUUUGGGACGACGUUGGAUGUCCUCCACGCCGCCUCCGCCGCGCUUAUCGACGGCAUGCGCGACAUCCUUCUCGAAAGCGACUUUGAAAACGCCAUGAAAGUACUGACCAGCUGGAUCCCCAUCCAAGAUGAAGACCUGUUUAUGCGCAUCGCACGCGCAGAAUGGAAGAUUCAUAAUGGGAAAAUCAAGGCCUGA